CACAGCGUGCUCUGAUUGAGAAGUUCAAAUUUCGAACUUUAAUGAAUGUUAAUGACUUUUACAAACUGUUUUUAAAUUAGUUGGACUAAUAAUUAAACGUGUCAAUAAUAACAGUGUUAUAUUGGAUGUUUUCUGUGGCAAACUUAUGGAUUUAGUGAAUAGUAAAUAUAAAAUGUGCAAGAAAUUUGAUUAGCAGAUUAACUUGACUUACGUGACUCCCAGAAUAAAAGAUUACUAUAUAAAAAUAUAUAGUCGCUGCUAGAUAUUUGGACUGUUCAAGAUGAAUCAGCAGUGCAAAGUUUGUGGCGAACCAGCCGCCGGUUUUCAUUUUGGAGUUUCUUUGGAAGAUCUUACAACAAUCUGUCAUCGAUCUCCGAAUGCAAGAACAACGGCGAGUGCGUGAUCAACAAGAAAAACCGCACCGCGUGCAAGGCGUGCCGUCUUCGCAAAUGUCUCUUAGUAGGAAUGUCCAAAAGUGGUUCCCGAUACGGCAGAAGAAGCAAUUGGUUCAAGAUACACUGUCUGCUGCAAGAACAGCAGCAGCAACAUCAGCAAAACCAGCAGUUGAACCAUCAAAACCAUCUUCAAAACCACCAACAAACAACGCUGCAUCAACAACCUAAUACUCAACAAAAGCCUUCAUCGACACCUCCAGGUGUUAGCAUGUUGGGCCACCACCCGCCUGCUUACCAUCCUAGCAUGUUCCCAAGGCCGCCAUGCACAAAAGAAGAACUCAUGCUUUUAGGAUUAGAUGACUACAAACACGCGUCGACAUCCCCUUCAGUUAGCUCACCCGAUAGUCAUAAUUCAGAUAGUUCUGUGGAAGUUGGAGAUCGUAGGCACGCUAACUUGCUUUUACACAAACCACCCACGACAGAAGCUCAACAACUGCCUUCUUCGAAAGAUUUAUUCCUUCCUCUGACAUUCCCUGGUCUUGGUCAAUUGCCAAUGUUGCCACCUCCUGGAUUUUUACCACCGCCUGGAGCUUUUGCUGCACAACAUUUGCUGUUCCAAAACGCCUUCCAUCCGGCUUUGUAUCCCCACCACCAUCAAGGUUUGCUCAAACCAGCACCACCAAAUAAUAACAACAGCAUCACAAAUAAUAAUAACAAUAAUAGUAGAUAUACCCCUGAUCAAAACGCUACGGGGACAACUGAAACAUUCACAAAAAGAUUUUAUUUGGAUGCUGUGCUUAAGUUGCAAAGAUCACCUAGCACAGAAGGUGGUGAUGACAAUGAUGAUACAGAAACUGAAGAUACAGUUGCUGAUGGAAAAGUGCAAGAAAAUCCUAUGGAUUUGUCUAUGAAAGGAAGUAGUAGUCCUGCAAGGAUGACUGCAUCUUCACCUAGUACAGUUAGUGAAGGAUCAGUUAGAUUAGGAGGUGUUCGAACUGGGAGCGAAAUGGAAGAUAAUGAUGACUGUGAAGAUGAUGAUGAAUAUAAAAGAGAAGUUAAAAGAAUAAAAGUACAUCGGACAGCUCCAAUGGAUUUAACAACUAAAGUUGUAGCCGUAGGUUUUGAAAACUAG